AUGUCAAGUAAAGAUCCAGAGAAAACCCCACAAUCAAUAAAUUUACUUGAUCAAGAUGAAGGUGAACAAUCAAGUUUAUCAACUGAUUCAAAUUAUUCAUACAAUUUCUUCAAAUCUCAAAAGGGAGAUUUAUCAAAAUUUGACACAUCAGAUGUAGCACUUCGUGCAAAGAUAAAUCUAAUCAAUAAUGCCCUUGAUGAAAUUGGAUUCACAUGGUAUCAUUUUAAAUUAUUUUGUUUGAAUGGGAUGGGGUAUGCAGUUGAUUCUCAAUUAACUUUAAUCCAAGGUUCUGUUCAGACUUAUGUCCGUUAUCAAUAUCGUCAGCCUUAUCCUUCAGAUACUCAUGCUCUUUAUGCUGGACUUUUAGUUGGUGCUGUAUUUUGGGGGUUUGGUGCUGAUUUAAUCGGACGUAAAAUUGCUUUCAAUUCUUCAUUGUUGAUUAGUGCAAUCUUUGCAAUUUUAACUGGUGUUAUGGGGAAUUAUGGAACUUAUUGUUUAUUCUUGGGAUUAUCAGCAGCUGCAUCUGGUGGGAAUUUAGUCUUGGAUACUACAGUGUUUUUGGAGUUUUUACCAAGUAAGGAUCAAUGGUUAGUUACAUUGAUGGCUUCAUGGUGGUCAAUUGGUCAAGUUGUUGCAGUUUUGAUCACUUGGGGGUUCUUCAGUCAGGAUAAAUAUGUUUGUAGCGGUUAUGAUGAUUGUCCAGAAGCAAAGAAUAUGGGUUGGAGAUAUGUCUGGAUUGUUAAUGGUGCUAUUGUUUUGAUUAUUGCAAUUUUGAGAUUAACAGUUAUCAAAUUGGAAGAAACUCCUAAAUUUUUGGUUUGUAAUAGAAGGGAUGAAGAAGCUGUUGAAUGUUUACAAAGAAUUGCAACAAAGUAUAAUAAACCAUGUUCUUUAACUAUAGAGGAUUUGAAAGCUUGUGGUGAGAUUACAUCAAAUGAAAACUUUUUAGAGAACUCUUCAUUGAAAUCAACUUAUAGAUUAACUGUUAAACACUUAAAGAGUUUAUUCGCAAACAGAAUCAUGACCAUAUCUUCAACUUUGAUAGCUGUCUCAUGGGCCUUGUUGGGUAUUGCAUAUCCUUUAUACACAAAUUUCUUGCCAAUUUAUUUGGCUACUAGAGGUGCUGAAACAUCUGCAUCAACAGUUGGUGGUGUUUAUCGUGAUUCUGUGAUUUCCAAUGUUGCAUCAACAGCUGGUGGUUUAAUCGGUGGUGGACUUUUAUAUUUCUUCCCAUCUAUAGGAAGAAAAGGUGUUAUGGUUUUCGGUGGUGUCUCUAGUAUGGCUUUAUUCUUUGGUUAUACAGCUGUUCGUACUAGAGCUCAGAAUGUGGGUUUAUCAUCUGCUGUUUAUACCUCCAUUUUCAUAUAUUAUUCUUGUCUAUAUGCCUACACCCCAGAAGUCAUGCCAUCUGCCAGUAGAGGUACUGGUAAUGCCCUUUGUGUUGCAUUGACGAGGUUCACAGGUUGUUUUGUUCCAUUGAUUGCAUAUUUUGCAAAUACUAGUUCGGCUUUACCUGUUUGGAUCUGUGGUGCUUGUGUUGGUGUUAUAGGGAUAUGUGCCCUAUUCUUUCCUUUCGAACCAUCGAAGCAAAGAGUUGCAUGA